CCCGAUCCGAAUUCCGAAAUUACCAACCCGACUGCCAGGUCUACAGACAACCCAAGAUCAGGUUUUCGCCGGGAGCGAAGAAUCUGCAGAAUUGAACGUGAGUUCGGCUGCGAGUGCGAGAAACCUGUUCUGAAUCGCGAGAGAAGACCGGUUCGUUAUAGUUCGGUCUUCGACUGGAGAAGAGAUUGGAUUGGGACUUGGGAGCACUGGGGAAAGGGUAGAAAUGGAGGACAAGGAGAAGGAAGAAAUGAAGGCAAUGAGCGAGGAGAGAUGGCAAGGAGCUAUAGUGAAUUUGACGGAGAUGACAUCUAAUUUGGAGUCUCUCCAGAAGUUACUCCUUAAGAAGGCCGUGUUCGUUGAUGAAGAUACAUACGCCAAAGCCUCACUCACCUCGGAACAAGCCCGCACGAUUAAGGUUCUUGAACAAAGGGUAGAAACUUUGGAGAGAGAACUUGAUGCAGCCAUCUCAGCUGCAGCUCGUGCACGUGCAGAGAAGCGACAAGCUGAGGUCGCACAGAAAGCUGCUGAAUUACGUGCGCAAGAAGUCACCAAGGAACUUGAAAACACUACAAAGGUAUUUCAACUACACAUGGAGGAGUUGCGAGCAAAGCAAGAGGAGAUUGUGAAGCGUGAUAAUGACAUUAAACUUUUGGAAGCCAUAAUCCAGACUCUUGGUGGAAGAGAAUCUCAUUCUUCAAGUGGAUAGCUGGUAAAAGCUUUCCUGUCUUCUUUUCACUAAAACAGUAAAGCCACAUCUCCCGUUUGCACUUGCUCUUUUGUAAAAAGCCUGGUCACAAGCCCACUGGUGUUGAAUGCCUUAAUUUUGAGUGGUCCUAGUUACACAUUUGGGCACAGAUUCUCACAUACUCCCACAAAUAUAGACCUAAAAACCUAUAUAAUUCCUGACUGCAUUUACGGCGUUAGCUCGAGGAUGGUGAAGGAGUCUCAAUAGGUCGAGAUCUUGGCGCUUUGGUUAUAGCAUCAUUUUCAUACAUCUUUACCCUUUCAUUUGGAAUGUUUGUUUGCGAUUCCAUGGGUUAUCUUGUACUCUUGCCACAUUUUAUGCCAAGUAGUGUUAGUUGAUUAUAUGUCAAGGUGGAUCAGCGGAGACAUGAUUGGGACUUUGGGAGCAAUCAUGGACGGAGGUCCACAAAGAAGAGCAGUCAAAACUCACAAUACAUGACCAAAAAUUGAAAAAAACGCAACAGUGUAUAUGGAUAAACACGAGAUUUAAAUGGC